AUGACAUUUCACAAGGAACAGAAACCGGACCCGGCCCGACGGGCAUUCCUUGCCGCCGCUUCCGGCGCCGCUGCUGCUUCGCUUCUCGGGCCCGUCUUCGCCGGUGUCGCACAGGCUCAGGGACAACCGGCCGUGCCGGGCAUCGUUCCCGUGAGCAACCGGAAUGCCCGGCCGAACAUCCUGUUCGUCUUCACGGACCAGGAGCGCUACCACGCGCAAUGGCCCCGCGGCCUUUCCCUGCCCGGGCAUGAGCGCCUGCAGAAGCAGGGCGUGACGUUCACGAACCAUCAAUGCCCGGCGACGAUGUGCACCUCGUCGCGCUCGGUCAUGAUGUCCGGGCUGCAGACUCCGGACAACGGCAUGUUCGAGAAUCUCGAUGUGCCGUGGAUGCGCGACCUGCCGCUGUCAACGCCGACCCUCGGGCACAUGCUGCGCAAGGCCGGAUACUACACGGCCUACAAGGGCAAGUGGCACCUCAGCAAGGCCACCGACACGCGCGAGAUCGGCUCGUUCAUGACCGCCGAGAUGGAGAAAUACGGCUUCGCCGACAAUUUCUCGCCGGGUGACCUGAUCGGCCACACGCUGGGCGGCUACGGCUUCGACCAUCUGACCGCCGGCAGCGCCAUCAACUGGCUGCGCACCGCCGGACGGCCACUGUCGGACGAGGGCAAGCCGUGGUGCAUGACGGUGAGUUUCGUCAAUCCCCACGACGUCAUGUAUUUCAACACCGAUGCGCCGGGCGAAAGCGUGCAGGACAGCGGCAAGCUGCGCAUGCAUGCGGCGCGCGCACCCGAGCACGCGCUCUACAAGACGAGCUGGGACGUGCCGGUGCCGGCGACCCUGCGCCAGCCGUUCGACGCGCCGGGCCGGCCGCAGGCGCAUCGCGAGUUCGACCGCGUCUGGGAUUACAUCCUGGGCAAACGUGCCGCUCGAGGAUGUCCGCUGGAAGCGCUUCAACGAUUACUACAUCAACUGCAUCCGCAACGUUGA